ACAGAGCGGGCGGGGAGGAGCGCAGGUUUUGGCCGUGGUGUGUGCAGGCUCUGUGAAAUGGUGAGGGUUAGAAUCAUAGAAGUUACCAUAGACGAUGAUGUUGCCACGCGGCUAGCGAAGCUCGAGCUUCCUGAAAAAUGCUGCAAAGAGUGAGACGGACGACUACAAGAGUGAAAAACUCUCAUACAAACACCUUCUUGCCGACAGACAUCCUCUCCUGUUAAUUAAGUGAAAGAUUAUUUUAACACAAACAGCUGCUGGGGAAUGAAGCAAUUUCCCACAGUCAGCUCCCUGCUGACACAAUGGGGCACUCACCCCUAGUGCAGGUCUGGAAGGAAAAAAAAAAAGAAAAAAGGAAAAAUAAAUCAGCCUACAUAUAGAAUAGUUAUGGAAAAUAACAGCCCCCUCUCCCCUGAUGGCACUAAUCCUAAGUGUGAGGCCACUCACAAAUGGCAGCACUAACAGGAUAAGCAACACAAUUGUGAUCGAUGUCGUAGCAUUUUCCACCCAAGUAACAGAUUUACCCUAUUCCAAAUUCAGCUUUCAUACUUUUUUUUCCCCCCCCUAUUUAUAGCAGUUCAUGUUUUAAAAUUAAUUUUUUCCUUUACUACAUCUGUUUUUAGAGGCUGAUUACUGGUUGUUGGAGCAGGCGAGCCGUUGCCAGCUGGCUGCAGGCUUUUAUUGGCUCUGUUUGAAGAUGGCUUGAUUUAGAGCUCACAGUUCUGUUACAAGGACGGCAGCCAUGUAAUGCAGACCCUCAAGAAAAGAGAUAAUUAGGACUCAGAUGAAAAAAUGUGUCCAGUUCUUUGGACCAAAAUGCUCUUGUUCAAGGAAUGUAGUUACUGUAUGCUAACAUUUAACAGCAGUCUCUCAGGACUGGUACACACAAUCAGAUCCGGCCCUCUCUCAGAGAGCUGGAUGUUGCUUUCUCUCAAAAUACAGACGUGCCACCCUGUAGCAAGUACUAAGUAUCUUGGGAACUGCAUUUCUGCAAGCAGGGCAGGAGUGGUGGAGAGAGUUGAAGAAGUGCUGAGAAGGCUAUGGUACAUUGUGGGGAGGAAAGGAACAAACGUGGCAGAGAACAGGAAGAACGAUGUGCUGGGAAAUGAUUAAUCCACCCCAAAGGCCCUUGCUAAGAAGUGGUGGGACAAGUUCAAUGCUUUUUGGCAGCCACAAGCAACUUCUGCUCCACACUCAGCCCCCUCCUUGCUCCUUUCAAGCAGACGUGCUCAAGCACAACUUCCUCUUGCUGCAGCCCAGACGCCCUGUCCCCACAGCAGCAUCCCUCACCCAUUCCCUACAGCUCUCUGGCAGCCCAACCCCUCCACUAUGCAUGUUUUACAGCUGUCCCGUGUCCCUCCACCUCCAGUAAGUGUUACUCAAGCAAGCAGGAACAAACAACCCAUGCUGGGGGAGGGGGGUGGGAGCCAAGUUUAAGAACUGCUGCUCUGUAUCCUGUUUUCCAACCAGGAUUGUUCCAGUUUCCUGCACUGUCUUAUCUAGAGCUGAAAAGCCAAAGCUCUCAUAUUUACUUGCUUUGUGCGUGCCUCAGCUUUCUAAUCUGUGAAACAGACCUUAUGAGACAUAAGAGAAACACAUCCAGGACUAUUACAGGGUGGAGGGACAGGAACAGUGUGGUUAAAGGUCUUCCAGUGUCUAUACAAUUAGGCUCUUUAUUUAGUUCUCCUGCUUGCAUAAGUCUGUGUACAUCACAGAGAGUUUCAGACAACCAUCCACACACUAUAAUGCUGCAUGGAGUUCAUGGAAAUGUAAAAGAGUAAAAGUAUGGAUAUUUAUGUUAGGUGAUUCAUUUUCCCCACAACAGCUCAAACCAGGCACAGGAACAUCUUAAAUAGGAAGAAGCAUUUCAGUGCUUACAGUCAGCUUUAAGGGCCCCACUGAAAUGCUGCAGGCUCCUUUAAAAUACACUUGACCACAUUUUUUGAAUGCAUAGAUAAAAUAAGCAUAUAUUAUGUUAACAUCUUGAAAGCUUACCAUGUGCAGGGCCAUGAGAGAGCAAAACAACUUCUUCUUUCCUUUUUUCUUCUAGUGAGCAUGAAUUCAUGUAACUCUAGGUUGUAUUAAUGCACUGAUUUCCCUAUGGGUUAAAAGCAAACAAACAUUCACUGCACAGCUUUGGAAUUUCCUGCUUUUCUGCAUGAAGGUGUGGGUUCUACACACAAACUCCAAGCUCUGAACCCCUUCCCCACACAGAGCCUAUUUUUGUUGGAAGCAGGUAGUGCCAUAAACACAGGUUUUUUUUUUCUUUCUACCCCCCUCCCCCCCCCCUUUUUGCUCAGUUCUAAUGGUAAAUUCAGUCUUCCUCCACUUCACAGUUUCUUUGGAAGUACUCUCAACCAAUGUAAAUAAGAGAGCAGGAGUGGGCUGAAGAAGUACCCUCAGCUGAUUACCAGAGUUUUUAUUUGGACCUAAAUCUGAAGAGAAAAAAGGCUUUUUCAAUGAGAUCAGGAAAAGGAAGACGUGUGCUUGGAGAUAAGGAGAGAUAAAAGCAUUCCAUUUAAGGGCUCCCGUGAUAGAAAUCAAGAUGAUCAUCUGCCAAGUCACUAACUUCAUGGCCUUAUGACCACACAGAGCUUCCAUUUCUAUUACCUUUUCCCACACUGUGUUCUGAGAGAAAAAGAAAGGAUAUUCUACUGAACUGCACACGAAAGAACACCCGGUGAGAUAAGAAACAGCAGCAUGUUUGAGAGCAUCACUGAUGAAGACUACAGCAAUGUCAGCUCGCUUUGCGAGGAUCUCUCCAACCUUGUCACCUGGGCACACACCCAUGGGGCUAUAUGCAUUCAUAUCCCAGCCUUGGAAACCAUGCAGAACAUGGGUCAGCCUAGCAAGGACAAUUCUGUUCUGUGGAUCUGUGGAGCUGGACACGCCUACCACUGGACAUGUGAAGAUUUACACUUUGGAAGCAGGAAAGAGAAUGAGGCUGCAGAAAAGAGAAAGAGGCAAACAUCCUUUGGGGCUCCAUCACGAGGCACUGCUUUAGGUGAAAAGAGAAUCAAGAUAGCCUCAUCUUUUGAAAGGGUUAGAAGAGACAGCGCUGCCACAGGAUCACGUGGCACACCUGCAGGGAGCUCUCAGCAAAAAGAUACCAUCUGCAUAAUACGUAAUGAACAACCAGCCAGACAAAAUCGAAGAAAGAGCAGAUCCAUGCAACCAGGCUCUGCAGCAGAGCAGCGUUUGUCAGUAUCCAUAGGCGAAAUCAGAACAGACCUCUGUGAGAUGAAGCUAGAAUGCAGUGAAGAUCUACACGUCAUCUCUGAUGAUGAACAGUAUGUACUGAAUGCAGAACACCAAGAAGAGAGAAUCAACCAGAAUAUUCUUUCACAGUCACCACCUGAAGAUGUAUCUGCUGAGGUAGGUUUGCGAAUGUAUUGUGAUCAGAAGACAGAAAUUAACAAGCAGACAGUCACCUCUGCAUCUGGCUUUAUCCCCACGACAACACCUACCCCAGCUCUUUGCUGUACUCUGAAAUCUCCUGGAAGGGAUCGAAAGAUCCUGGAAAGCAGCUUCUUGAGUCUAGGUCCCCUUAAUCCCACAGAGUUCACAAGAGAACAUUCUACAGCAAGGGAUUCCUCUGGGUCAGCAACGCCAAAAGAAGAUUUAGAAUUGAUUCCUAUCUCCAACACUGAAGCAAAAGCCCAGCGAGAGCCACCUGCCCCUGUGAUGUUCUUUGAGCUUGAAGCCACAGUGGAUGUCCAGCAGCAAAUCCACCUGAGCUCUUCUGAGUUCAGUGUCUCAGGAACCUUAGACUUGAAUGGGAAUGCCACCGAGGGCCCUGCGGAGGAGAGCAGGCUGUCAGGGUCUGAGCAGGCCCCUCGUCCUUCAGCCUCACUGAGCACAGAAAGCAGGAAUGCCAACCAACCUCCUGAACCUUCAGAAACCAAUGUGCUGAGCAAGAGAAACCGCAAUGCUGCCAACAUCAGAGUUUUCAGAGAGUGGUUGGAUGUGCACUGCCCUUCUGAAGCACGUGAGAUCUAUAAGCUGCCACCCAAAGACCUCGAUAAUUACCUGGCCUUGUUCUACACGUCUGCAAAGAAACAGAACGGCACGGAUUUCUCCACUGGUUCUUUGCAGUUCUUUCAGAGCAGCAUAGACAGGUACCUGAAGGAUCACAGUUAUAAGUACAGCGUGGUGAAAGGAGCUGAAUUCAGAGCAUCUCAGGAAGCCUUGAAACAGAAGCAUCAGCUUCUAUUCCAAAGAGAGAGAGAAGAAAACUGGACUCUCUUGGAGAACCUGACAGAUGAGAACGUGGAUCAUCUCCGUAAUAAGGGGCUGUUAAGUCAGAGCAACCCACAGGGCUUUCUGCACCUGAUGUUUGUAAAUAUCAUUAGGGGCUUCGGGGCGAGCACACACAACAAGGGCCAGAAUCUGUACUGGGGACAGCUGGUGCUCAGAAGGGACGUGGCAGGGCUGGAGUACCUGGAGUGGAAGCACGACCUCAAUGCAGACGGAGCUGUGGGGGAAUCGGUUCCACAUCUCUUUGCCAGACCCAACAGCCCCGAAAACUGCCCAGUCCAAGAUUACAAGAAGUAUGCAGAGAAGAGGCCGGGGGAUAUGCUGCAUGAUUACGACCCGCUGUAUCUGUCCCCCAGACACAUGUACUCCGUGUGGGACCAAGUGUGGUACAGCAGGAAAUCACUGACCACGGCCAAAAUAGGGAAUAUGCUGAAAGUCAUUCUCCGGCAAGUCAAAGCAUCUGAAAAGAAGCUCAGGAAAUAAAGGCAUCCACUUAAUUUCCGUUUGAAAGGAGUGUGUUUUGAAGUUGCAUUUGAGAAGUUUUAGUAGCAAUAUUCAGUAAAGGUGGAACAUCUCUUCAGUUUCACCUUAGAACACAAUGCCUGCAGGUUUGCAUUGCUUUCGUUCCCAGGUGAAGUGAAAAUCUGUUAUUCUAUAAACAGCACUGAUAUUUCUGUUAGUUAGAAAAGAGGAUGUUAAGUUUUCACGUUUGCAAAAACAAAGCCAAUGUUCUACAAUGUUGUUAGUGAUGUGAUAGAACAGCUGGCAUUAAAUGGGAGGGGGCUCGUUAGCUGACACAAUCAACUUCUUCAGCUGUUCAAUUGCUAUUCAGUCAAUAUAUUCUCUUCCAGUCCAGGCAAGUUGUUGGAUUGAAUUGUUGAUGCAUUCAAAUAAAACAGUUUUGCUUGACA